AUGACUUUCGAUCUGGUACACCAUGUCAAAUCGCGCGCCCGCAGCCUCCAGCUCGACAAGACUGCUCUGACGCCGGCAAUGAUUGCUUUGGAGCAAGUUGCAGCUCAGGCUCAAGCAACGAAGCGACUGAGCGGUUUGUCAACUGUGCAAAAUGCAUCUGUCCAGUUCUCGGUCCCUGCUUGUGUCCCAGCAGCCAUUCGCCGCUACCGCAGCAUGCUGGAGGUCGACGAACCACCCAGAAUUGGACCAUGGAGCCCCAUGUCUUACGAUGAGCUAUACUCAAGCCCUAUACAGCCUGCCGUGGGAUCGAAUGGCGAGCCAAGCUCUGACCAGUCGACGAGAUCAUGCUCUUGGAAUACAAAUCCACCGACCUCGGUUGGAAGCCAAGAAUCUGAUUUCUCCACUUCCAACGGUGCCGAUUCACCACAGGGCGUUGCCUCGCCACCUCCUGCUGCUGUUUCUGACAACAAGAACAUUGUUCGAAGAAAGCUGACCGGCUAUGUUGGAUUUGCCAACCUUCCCAACCAGUGGCACCGUAAGAGUGUGCGAAAGGGCUUCAACUUCAAUGUGAUGGUUGUUGGCGAGUCCGGUCUGGGCAAGUCGACUCUGGUCAACACUCUGUUCAACACCUCCUUGUACCCUCCCAAGGAGCGCAAGGCGCCCAGCCUGGACAUUAUUCCCAAGACUGUCACCAUCCAGUCCAUCAGCGCCGAUAUUGAGGAGGCUGGUGUUCGUCUGCGCCUGACCGUUGUUGACACCCCCGGCUUUGGCGACUUCGUUAACAACGAUGAGUCUUGGCGCCCCAUUGUCGACAACAUUGAGCAGCGUUUCGAUGCCUACCUCGAUGCUGAGAACAAGGUCAACCGAAUGAACAUUGUUGACAACCGAAUUCACGCCUGUGUCUUCUUCAUCCAGCCCACUGGUCACUCCCUCAAGCCUCUGGACAUUGAGGUUAUGCGACGCCUCCACACCAAGGUCAACUUGAUCCCUGUCAUUGCCAAGUCCGACACCCUGACGGACGAGGAGAUUGUCAGCUUCAAGGCCCGAAUCUUGGCCGACAUCAAGCACCACGGCAUCCAGAUUUUCGAGGGUCCCCGAUAUGAGCUCGACGACGAGGAGACGAUUGCCGAGAACAACGAGAUCAUGUCCAAGGUUCCUUUCGCCGUUGUUGGCGCCACCAACGAGAUCAAGACCGCCGACGGCCGCAAGGUCCGUGGACGUGAGUACCCUUGGGGUAUCAUUGAGGUCGACAACGAGGAGCACUGCGACUUUGUCAAGCUCCGACAGAUGCUCAUCCGCACACACAUGGAGGAGCUCAAGGAGCACACCAACAACAACCUGUAUGAGAACUACAGAACCGACAAGCUGCUUGCUAUGGGUGUUUCGCAAGAUCCUAGUGUCUUCAAGGAGGUCAACCCUGCUGUCAAGCAAGAGGAGGAGCGUGCCCUGCACGAGCAGAAGCUUGCCAAGAUGGAGGCCGAGAUGAAGAUGGUCUUCCAGCAGAAGGUGGCGGAGAAGGAGAGCAAGCUCAAGCAGUCAGAGGAGGAGCUCUACGCACGCCACCGGGAGAUGAAGGAGCAACUCGAUCGCCAACGCCUGGAGCUCGAGGACAAGAAGCAGCGCGUCGAGAGCGGGCGGCCGAUAGAGAAGGAAGGCAAGCGAAAGGGAUUCUCACUGCGAUAA